AAGGACCCCGAUUGGGUUGGGGAAAAAAAGCAGAGAGGGAUAAACCGGUGGGGUGGUUGUAUGUGUGUUCCUGUUUUUGGGUCUUAAUUAUUUUAUUCCCUUUUUGAAACUGAAGACCGCCACACACUUGAACGUCUAAGGGGACUGUGAUUCGGUUUAUUCCAUUUCGCCAAAAGCGCCACAAUUCGUCACGUUGUUCUGAUCAAAUAGAUCAGUCUAGACGUCUUCGGAAAUUGUCCUGUGUGGAUACGUUACCAAUUAGGAUAAAGACAGCCCACAAGCAGUGGAUUAGUCGAAAAGGACAAUGAGUACUCUGGAAUCUGUGGAUCGAGUGGAGUUGUGUGAGAGUCUGUUGACAUGGAUUCAGACGUUUGGCGUAGAGGCACCAUGUAAAACGGUGGAGGAUCUCACCAGUGGCGUGGUCAUGGCCCAAGUCCUGCAGAAAAUAGAUAUUGUGUAUUUCAAUGACAACUGGAUAAGCCGGAUUAAGUCUGAAGUGGGGGAUAAUUGGAGAUUAAAGAUCAGCAAUCUAAAGAAAAUCUUAAAAGGAAUCCUCGACUACAAUCAGGAGAUAUUGGGCCAGCAGAUUAACGACUUCACGCUACCGGACGUCAACUUGAUCGGCGAGCACUCAGACGCGGCAGAGCUGGGCAGGAUGCUGCAGCUCAUCCUGGGCUGUGCCGUCAACUGUGAACAGAAGCAAGAGUACAUCCAGACCAUCAUGGUGAUGGAGGAGUCCGUACAGCACGUUGUUAUGACGGCCAUUCAAGAGCUGAUGAGCAAAGAAAGCCCAGUCACGGGAGGAAGCGACUCCUACGCUGAUCUUGACAGACAGCUGAAGAAGACAGUGGAGGAGCUUAACGAUGCUAUGGCUACCAAAGAAGAAAUCGCCCAGAGAUGCCAUGAGCUGGAUAUGCAGGUGGCCGGGCUGCAGGAGGAGAAGAGCAGCCUGCUGGCGGAGAACCAGGUGCUGAUGGAGCGCCUCAACCAGUCCGACUCCAUCGAGGACCUCAACAGCCCCGCCGGCCGCAGGCACCUGCAGCUACAGACCCAGCUGGAGCAGCUCCAGGAGGAGACCUUCAGGCUGGAGGCGUCUAAAGACGACUACAGGAUCCGCUGCGAGGAGCUGGAGAAGGAGCUGGUGGAGCUGAGGAGCCAGAACGAGGACCUCACCUCGCUGGCCGACGAGGCCCAGUCGCUCAAGGACGAGAUGGACGUGCUCAGGCACUCGUCUGACAAGGUGUCCAAGCUGGAGGGCAUGGUGGACUCGUACAAGAAGAAGCUGGAGGACAUGGGCGACCUGCGGCGGCAGAUGAAGCUGCUGGAGGAGAAGAACAACGUCUACAUGCAGAACACCGUCAGCCUGGAGGAGGAGCUGAAGAAGGCCAACGCCACGCGCGGACAGCUGGAGACGUACAAGAGACAGGUGGUAGAGCUGCAGAACAGGCUGUCAGAGGAGUCCAAAAAGGCCGACAAGAUGGAGUUUGAGUACAAGCGCCUGAAGGAGAAGGUGGAUUCCCUCCAGAAAGAAAAAGACCGCAUGCGGACGGAGAGAGAUUCUCUGAAGGAGACGAUUGAGGAGCUGCGCUGUGUUCAGGCCCAGGAAGGCCAACUGACAGCAGGCAUGGUUCCACUAGGUAGCGCUGAGGGCUCGGAUUCACUGGCUGCUGAGAUCAUGACACCAGAAAUCCGGGAAAGACUCAUUCGGCUGCAGCAUGAGAACAAGAUGCUGAAGAUCAACCAGGAGGGCUCGGACAACGAGAAGAUCGCACUCCUGCAGAGUCUACUGGAGGACGCCAACAGCAGGAAGAACGAGCUGGAGACAGAGAACAGGCUGGCCAACCAGAGGCUGAUGGAGGGCCAAAGCCAGGUGGACGAGCUUACCAAGAACCUCCAGGAGCAGGGAGUCAAGGCAGACGAUGCCAUCGUGCUGAAGAAGAAGUUUGAUGAACAGCUGAUUAAACUGAAGGAAGUAUCUAGUGAGCUUCAGAAGAAGAACACCCUUAUCGAAGACAUGGAGUCCAAGAGCAGUCAGACCACUCAAAAGGUGGAGGAGCUGGAGGAGGCCUUGAAGAAGAAGGACGAGGACAUGAAGCAGAUGGAGGAGAGAUACAAGAAAUACCUGGAGAAGGCCAAGAGUGUCAUCCGGACCCUGGACCCCAAGCAGAACCAAGGCUCGGCCCCCGAGGUGCAGGCCCUGAAGAACCAGCUGCAGGAGAGGGAGAGGAUGCUCCACUCUCUGGAGAAAGAAUACGACAAGACGAAAACACAGAGAGACCAGGAGGAGAAGCUGAUUGUGUCAGCAUGGUACAACAUGGGCAUGGCUCUCCAGAAGAAGGCGGCUGAGGACCGGCUGGCCAGCACGGGCUCCGGUCAGUCUUUCCUGGCCCGGCAGCGGCAAGCCACCAACACGCGCCGCUCCUACCCCGGCCACGUGCAGCCCACCUCCGCCAGGUAGAUCUAGCUGGCGGCCAACCACCGCUGUUUCCCAGCAACAACCCUCCUCCAAAACACCCACCUCCAUCCACCCACCAACUCCCCCAUCCUGCUACUUCACUUCUGGGGUGAUGGCCAGACCCUCUUCAGCCGUCCCCCCGGUUCCCCUCCAAACUCCUAUCCAUAAGCUCCCCAUCACCGUCGUGCUACAGCAUUAGCUAACUGUUACAGGGUUUACCCCCCUCUCUCUCCCUUUCCUGUCCAGUGUUGCGGUGUUUCCCUCCCGCCUCUUGUCAAUUACAACUAUUUUCUCCAUUUUGUUUUCAACCUUUCCCGUCCCCAUCACUUGGGAUGUAAGUAGAGAUGCCAUCCAUCUGGUUUUACUGAUUGAUCGCUUUUUUUGUGUGUGUGCGACGAAUAAAGUUUAUUUUUAUUUUUUUAUUUUGGGUUUCAUAGGACAUAGUACUCUUUGUGAAAGUGCAGAGCGUGAGACAACCUGCUGUGCUUUUCAGCUCCCUGGCGAGAAAAAAAAAAGAACACACAAAACAAACUUCUCUCUCUCUUCUCGAAUGUCCAACUUUGUGGUGUGUUUUACGUCAAAAGUGUUUCUAGCAAAGGACAUCUUGUGCAGUGUUUGUAGAUGAGAUGAUAUGCAGUUACUGAUAUUGAAAGUGCUCUGUAAAUGAUUUAUGGGGAACAUUUGGGAGGGGGGAGAUGUCAAAAAGUGACUGUUACACAACAACCAACUCUUAUUUUAUAACAAAUCAUGUAAUGAAGUGACUAAGUGUUCUUGUAUUGUUCGAGACAAGGACUUAACCUUGUAUGAGAUAUCAAAACAGUGUUAGACAUAGCUUGUUUGCAUAUAUGCAAUGUUUAAGUGAUCCAACACAACAUAUCAAUCUGACAUCUCCCAGUUUAUUUAUGACUUGUUUUUUUUAUUGUUAUUAUUAUUAUUAUUUUGAAAGCAUGCAUCUCUGCUUGACAUCCCUUAGGUCAAACCCUAUGGGGAAAUGUGUGUUAUCUCCUCAGUGUUACAGUCCUGUGUGUGUUUGAUAUUUUGUCCCCUUACUGUUCCUGAGCAGUAUUGACCACUAGAGGUCGGUAACUGUGAGAAACGGACUAUGGCCCUUCACCCUGGUGUUUAGUUAUGAAGCCCUAUCCUGUUGUGGUGUUGUGUAACUAUCGUGUAGCCUACCUGUUUGUUUUUCAUCCCCCUUUUUAAUUUGUUGGGACAAAAUGUUUGGAGAACAAAACAAAAAAAGACAAAAUGGCGCCAUGGAGGAAUGCGCCGAUAUCUAUGCAGAGGACUCUUGAGUGUAAACAGGGUCAUGUUGCCAUGGUGACGAGAUGGCCAACAUGGACCUAUUUUUUUAAAUAAAGUGACUGUGGAGGGACAAUGGGGGGAAUUCCAACUUCCAUUUCCCCCAAAUUUUAAAGAAGAUGCAAUAAAUGUGCACACAAAUAUAAAACAAACCUGCUUGAUUGGAAAGAAUUCAACCACUUGUUACUAUUUGAAAUUGUGCUCAUAGAAGAAAUGUGUCUUCUUUAAAUUUGGCUUUUAUGAACCAUAUAUUAUGUAUGCUAUUUAUGCUGUUAUCUUUUCUCAUGCUUCUGUGUACUUGUCAAUAGGCCCUAAUGUAAAAACCUGAUAAAACACUCAUAACAUUUUUUUUCUAACUGAGCAAGAGAGGUUUUUCUAUUCCUGAUUCUGCAUUUUCAAGCCUGUGUUUUUAUUUUAGCGGUCAGUUGGUAGGGUUCAACUGUGUAACUCACUAUGCCUUAUAGCAGUGCUACUACCAUCAGCUGGCACCACCGCAUACUUGAAAAAUCUGCAACCCCAGCCGCCCCGAUGUUCCCCCAAAACUACCCUUUGCCUGUCAACACGCUUUUUUAGGGGCUUAAAGAAGUUUUAGGGCUCUGACGGUCGUUGCACCACAGGCUUAAGAGUCCCUCUGGAACUUUCCAUGAGGCAUAGAGUUUACAUACUCAUUGGAAUUCUCUUUUGAAGAUCAAGAUUUUUUUUUCUUUGAUUGUUUAUUUUUUCAUUAGGCAGGUAGAUAUUUCCUUCCAAAGGAGAACAUAACGUGCAGACAACAAAAAAGGUCACCCAAAGAGAAUUUUAAAGAGUGUGCAAACAAUUGUCACAAAAAUGCAUGACUUUUAUCACCUGGGAUGUGCAUUAAGUAGCACUCAUAAGACAUCGUUUUUGUUAACUCAAUUGUCCAGCCGUGUGGCUCAUCCCAAGUUUCUUCAACUUAAAAUUACUUCAGUGGGAGUAGAAAAGUUUUGAAGGAAAGGGUGAGAAGAGAGUUUGCAAGGUCACGCUGAUGUGCCAGACUAUUUUCAUUUCUUUCAUAACUGUCCUGAAAAUAACUCAUGUCCUUUUUUUAAUUAUCCUCUUAAUUGUUUUACACUAAGCCCUGUCAUUACUCUGUCUUUUGCUGUAAUC